CAAAUGGCUUGAUAGCACCUGCACCAUCCAUCCUUCUGAUGCGUGGUGCCCGCUUCAUGUCAUGGCAGCGGUGGGUCCGUUGCCACGCUGCAUUAGCAAAGAGACCGCUGAGGACCAGGCAGUUCAAUCGCUGCGGCUGGCGUGUGUCUUCAGUUCACGGCUUUUCCUCUGAUGCUGACGCAGAACUGGCAAUGCCCACAGAGCCCAGGAAUCAGGCGGACGUGCGAAUCUAUCGCCCCAUGACUGAGACAGUUCGAACAUAUCUCAACCCUGCCCACUUCUUUAUGCUGCUUCGAGCUCAUGGCACUGAGUUCUUUGCUGGUGUUCCGGAUUCUUUGCUGAAGGACAUUUGUGCAUAUAUCACCGACAACGUCAAGCAGAGUCAGCAUGUCAUAGCGGCCAAUGAAGGAACUGCUUUGGCGAUGGCUGCCGGCCACCAUUUGGCCACUGGGAAAAUAGCGUGUGUCUAUCUGCAGAACUCCGGUCUGGGCAACACAAUCAAUCCCCUCCUUUCGUUGUGUAGCCAGAAGGUAUACGCCAUUCCUGCGUUGCUUUUGAUCGGAUGGCGGGGAGAGCCAGGCAAAAAAGACGAACCUCAACACCUGCUGCAAGGAGCAAUGACACCGACCAUGCUGCAGCACAUGGGAGUACCCUAUGAGAUACUUCCGGACUAUGCAGAAGGAGCUUUCGAGGUCAUUACCAAAGCCUAUGCUCACAUGGAAAAGGAGAAAGAGCCUUUCGCUCUACUUGUCAAGAAGGAAACCUUUGAGAAAUACAGGCUAUCCAGCCAGGCCGAGGUUUUCAGCGGCGAAAACAUGCUGCACCGUGAGGAGAUCUUGGAGGAGAUCAUAGAGCAUUUUCCUUCGUCACCUCUAGUGACCACCACAGGUUUCACCUCUCGGGAGAUGUUUGAGCUGCGGGUGCAGAAAGGUCAAGCGCAUGGUCAUGACUUUUUAACAGUUGGAAGUAUGGGACAUUGCUCUUCCAUUGCCCUGGGUGUUGCCCUGUCAAGAUCGCAGGAUGUGCUUUGCAUUGAUGGAGAUGGUGCAGCAUUGAUGCACAUGGGCUCGUUUGCCACCAUCGCCAAGUGCAGACUGAAAAACUUCAAGCACGUGCUCAUCAACAAUGCCGUGCAUGACUCUGUUGGUGGUCAACCUACAGGAUCUGUGCAAAUUGAUUUUCCUGGCAUUGCAAAAGCAUGUGGCUACCAAGAGGCUUUGCGAGCUCGUACUGGUGAUGAAGUGCGCGUGUCUUUGGAGAAGCUCAAGGAGACCCUAGGUCCAUGCUUCCUGGAGAUCCAAGCGCUGCCAGGAGCCCGAGCUGAUCUGGGACGACCUACAACUUCAACACACCAGAACAAGGACGCCUUCAUGACCCAGCUCCAGGGCAAAGAAGGCAUCCUAUCCUCCUAGGAUACAGCUAAUGUACUGCAUGCUUUGAGGAAAGGAAGCAGCAAUGGCUGCAAGUGUUCAGUCCUCGGCCUGCAUCAAGUACCAUAGAUUCGAUACUGGACUUUGCAUCAGCAAUCUCAUCGUUUCGGA